AAUUUCAUAAAGUUGUCAACAUGUCUCCUAUUUUUGCUCUUUUAUUAAUUGUGGCCGUUGCAUCAGCUCAAUUUGAAGGUCCACCAAGCCAGGAUUGUGGCGAAAAUGAAGUUUUCAACAGAUGUGGGACUGCUUGCCCGAAAACAUGCAAUGAUCAAAGGGAAUCGCGUGCAUGUGUUGCGAUAUGCAAAAUUGGCUGUGACUGUUUGCCAGGAUACGUAAGACAUGACUCUUCACAACUUUGUGUUCUGCCAGAAGAGUGUUGAGACGCAAUAAACAUUAUAAAAAUUCUUGGGCUCAGAUGUAAGUAUAAUGACCUUUAAUGGAUGAAAUAAACA